AUGAAAUCGGCCGUUACGGUUUCUGAAAAGGCCUCAGAAGCUAGCUACCAUGUUGCAAAAUUAAUUGCACGUCAGAAAAGACCACAUACUAUCGGGGAAACACUUAUUAAACCAGCAUGCAUGGAAAUUGUUCGACUUAUGCUUGGGCCCAAUGAAGUUAAGGAAGUGAAUAAAGUUUCGUUGUCUGCCGAUACUGUUAAAAGACGUAUUCACGACAUGUCAAGCGAUAUUUUAGGAACACUGAUUAGAAAACUGAUAUUGGCUGAAAAAUUUGCGCUUCAAAUCGACGAAUCAACCAAUAUUAAAAAUAAAGCACAACUGAUAGCUAUUGUACGUUUCGUUGACGAGGACUUUAUUAAAGAACAUUAUUUAUUUUGUAAGGAGGUUCCAGAGCGAACUACCGGUGAAGAAAUUUUCCGAGUAACCGAUGAUUUCUUCAAAAUAUAUAAUAUUCAAUGGAGCAAUUGCAUUGCUAUUUGCACGGAUGGCGCUGCGGCAAUGACGGAUAGUAAAAAAGGUUUUGUCUCCUGUGUAAAACAAAAAAAUCCUAUAAUACAAAUUACACACUGCUGCAUACAUCGAGAAGCAUUGAUGGUCAAGAAUUUGCCAGAGGAACUUUUGAACACGAUGAAUGAAUGCAUUAAAAUCAUAAACAUAAUUAAAUCGAGAGCCCUAAAUUCGCGAAUCUUUGGAAUACUCUGUGCAGAAAUGGGAGCCGAAUAUGAAUCCUUAUUGUUUUAUACUGAAGUUCGUUGGCUAUCCCGAGGCAAAGUUUUGGCUAGAUUGUUUGAGCUUCGCUACGAGGUGCGUGAGUUUUUUAUAGAUCAAAAUAUGCCCGAACUAUACCAGCGCCUCGAUGAUGAUUACUGGAUAGCCAAACUUGCAUACAUGGCUGAUAUAUUCGAGCAUCUGAAUGAACUUAAUAAAAAAAUGCAAGGACGGAAUGAGAAUAUAUUGACGUGCUCCGAUAAAUUACAGGGGUUCAAAAAAAAACUCGAACUUUGGCAGGAAGAGUUGCAAAAAGGAUGUUUAGAAAUGUACCAAAGGACCAACCAUAGUACGACUGAAAACAAGCAAUUAAUUGUGGAUUUGGCCCAACAACAUUUAAGUAUGCUUCAGCAGAAAUUUGAUCACUAUUUUUAUUCUAUUAAUAUGGAACAAUACGAUUGGAUUCGAAAUCCUUUUGCAACCAAUGCAAUAAAUUCUACGGAAGCACUGUCACUGCAAAUUCGAGAGGAAUUUAUAGAAUUAAGUAAUGACGGGACGUUAAAACUUAAUUUCACCGAAGUUCCAUUAGAUGUUUUCUGGAUUUCCGUUAAGAAAGAAUAUCCUCGCAUUUCUGACAAGGCCAUCCUAACACUACUUCCAUUUUCGACGACAUAUUCAUGGUAUAAAGCUGCUGAUGUUUUGAAACAACUAGAUGAUAAUGAGAGUGAUCAAGAAAGAGACAAUCAAUUGGAUGAUGUGGAACCUGUGGGCUCUGAUACUAAUGCAGACAGUUGCCCAAGUGGUGUUUCUUCAUCACAAGGACACUGA